AUGGACAGGUCCUCUUUGCUUGCCGAUGUCGUGGCGUACAUCAAUCAACUCAAAUCAAAAGUUGAGGAAUUGAAGGCCAAAGUCCAAGAACAACUACAAAAACCUAAAAAGGGCAAUAAUGCAAGUAACAAUCUUGAUCAUCACUCUAGCCAAAGCACCAGCUCCAUAGUUGACCAGCAUCAUAAUAAUAUUAGUAAAAGUAAUAGGUCAGCUGCUGCUGCAGUUGUGGAAGUAGAUGUGAAGAUUAUAGGAUCAGAAGCCAUGAUAUGUGUUCAGACUCCAAAUCAAGACUACCCAUAUGCUAAGUGGUCACUGUUAUGCAUGCGGGCGAUGAUACUUAUAUUGGCUUUGGUCGGGCGUAGGUUGGUGCCUAAGGGCGAUGAUACUUAUAUUGGCAUCGGCUGCGUAGGAUUUAGAUUUGAGGUGUACGAUCCCGGCAUCAAGACACUCCCGCAUCGGCAUCUUCGAGUCCUCUCGAUGGAUAUCAAAUCAAGCAAUAUUAUGCUGGAUUCAAAUUUCAACAGCAAACUUGGGGAUUUCGAGUUAGCUCAACUUGUGGAUCAUGGAAAACAAUCACAAACCAUGCUUCUGACUGGAACCAUGGGAUACAUAUCUCUGGAAUGCAUUACCACAGGAAAGGCGAGCAAAGAAACAGAUGUUUACAACUUCGGGGUCGUUGGUUUAGAGAUAGCUUGUCGGAGAAAACCCAUUGAUCCAUAG